AUGGGCAUUUGGGAUUCCAUUCUCCCCGGCGGCGGCCGGCGCUUCAUCAAGCGCAAGGACAGCGACGCCGGCGAGGCAGGUCGGGCACUAGAGGAACUGAGGGGCUCACUGUACAAUGACUUUCAUACUUCAGAAGGGGCCAAGCGCCAUCAGCAGAGACUUUGUGGCCCUAUUGUUGCACUGACAUUCAACUUUGUGGUUGCUGUUGGGAUCAUCAUGGCAAACAAAAUGGUGAUGGGCACUGUUGGAUUUAACUUCCCAGUCGCAUUGUCAUUAAUCCAUUACCUUUUCGCUUUGGCUUUAAUGGCUGUUCUCAAGGCAUUAUACUUGCUGCCAAUUGCUCCUCCUUCCAAAUCCACUCCUUUCUCCUCAUUAUUUGCUUUAGGUGCUGUCAUGUCUUUCUCCACUGGGCUUGCCAAUAUCAGCUUAAAGCAUAACAGUGUAGGUUUUUAUCAGAUGUCUAAGAUAGCUGUAACUCCAACCAUAGUAGUGGCAGAAUUUAUUCUUUUCAAGAAAAAGGUUUCCCUUCGAAAGGCCUUUUAUCUUUCAAUUGGGAUUUCAUCUGCUUUGUUCGGUUUCCUUCUUCAGUGGUCUGGUGCUUUGGCACUUGGGGCAACCUCGGCUCUCGCUCAUGUUGUGCUAGGUCAGUUCAAGACGAUUGUUAUAAUGCUCUCUGGUUAUCUGGUAUUUAAAUCUGAUCCUGGAUUCACCAGCCUCUGUGGAGCUGUCAUUGCCCUCGCAGGGAUGUCAGUGUAUACUUACCUAGGGAUGAAAGAGUCGGCCACCAGCGGUAGGAGAAAUUCCUUAAAUCCAAGGCAAAAUUCUCAUUUGAUGAAGUCCAAGGUUAUUGUAGAUGGAGAAAAGCCAGAAACAAAGCCCAUGGAUUCUGUGUAA